CACCAGGAUUGUUCAGGAGGACGAGGAGAGACAGGUAUAUAUAUAAGCAGUUCACACCACGGAGCAUACACCACUACCACAUCUCUCACACACACCAGUAACACAGUUAUUGUGAGGAUGAGGAUGGAGAAGCCAAUGUUGGUGUUGGUGGCGGUGUUGGUGGUCGCCUGUAGCAAGCCAGUGAUGGGGCUCAAUGACAACUCCACUGAUGACCUUCUCCUCGCUGACCUGCUGUGGCCGGAACUUGGCUUCCACAACCGCAACUGUCGGGAGGUACAGGAUCACGGCCACCGUAUCAGUGGGGUCUACACCAUCUAUCCCUAUGACUGCUGCCCCCAGCGUCCUGUCCGUGUCUACUGUGACUUGGACACAGAAGGAGGUGGCUGGACAGUCAUCCAACGAAGGGAAGAUGUGCUCCCGCAGGAAGAUUUCUACCGCACGUGGAUGGAGUACGCGCUAGGCUUUGGCAACAUCUCCGGCCAGUUUUGGCUGGGACUCGACCACAUCCACGCUCUCACCGACCAAACAUUUAACCAGAUACGGUUUGAUUUAACAGACUUUGACAAUGACAAACGGUGGGCCCAGUACCAGUUCUUCUACGUGCACGACAGGACCGCCUUUUACAAGCUGGAAGUUAACGGUUACACUGGCAACGCUGGUGACUCCUUCACAUAUGGAAACCUCAACAAGUUUUCCACGAAAGAUGUGGAUCAUGACAAUAACGCAGGCAGCUGUGCAGUAACGUACCUAGGAGCUUGGUGGUACAACAAAUGCCACGAAUCUAACCUCAACGGAAGGUAUCACGGAGGCACACACUCGUCUAGUGCUGAUGGUGUCAACUGGGAGAGAUUUCGAGGUUAUGAUUACUCCCUGAAGACGACAGAGAUGAAGAUCAGGCCUGCUUACUGACACUUCUGUUGACUCACUGCAAAAGGACAAAAUAUUAUUGAAGUUUAUAAUUAAAAUAAAGUAACAAAGAUCUCACUCAGACGGGGUUUUAUAACAGGCAAAGAUUAACCACCUUAACUCUACCUGGGAUGGAUAGGUUAAGUUAACAUUAAGGAUGGUUAAUCAUCAGGUGAAAUAAGCUGGGGUGCCUAAUCUUAAGGUGAGCAAAAAAUUAAUCUAUCAUUUGUGAUAAUGUUAUAUGUGGUUGUCCAGAUACAGACGAUAAUAAAAGUUUACAUACA